UCCACAGCCAUGUACCUGGGCUGGCUGGCCCUCACUCUCCUGUCUGUGCUGAGCCUGUGUACCCAGGCCUUCAACAGUCAGCUUAUCAAGUGCUUUGAAGACCCCCAGUAUGAAGAGCUGGUACAGCUGGCCCAAGAUGGGCUUGGGAAGACGGCUGAAAGGAAACAGAUAGUGGUGAUUGGGGCAGGCAUGGCUGGGCUCACCGCUGCCAAGACCCUGCAGGAUGCUGGCCACCAGGUGACUGUCCUGGAGGCCUCAGCACGUGUGGGUGGCAGAAUAGAGACCCACAGAGUGCCUGGAGCACAGUGGUAUGUGGAGCUGGGUGCCAUGAGGAUACCUGCCAACCACAGACUCUCUCGUGAGUUCAUCAGGAAGUUUGGGCUAAAGCUCAGUGAGUUCUGCGCCUUCAACAACCAGACCUGGGUGCUGAUCAACAGGAUGCGACAGCACACAGGGGAGGUACAGGCCAAUCCUCACCUGCUGGGCUAUCAAGUCAGGGCAGAUGAGGAGGGAAAGACAGCAGAACAGCUCUUCCAAGAAUCACUGCGGAAGGUGGUGGAAGAGCUGAAAAGCAGUAGCUGCAGCCAGGUACUAGAGAAGUAUGACUCCUUCUCCACCAAGGAAUACCUGAUCAAGGUGGGGAACCUGAGCCUCGGGGCUGUGCAAAUGAUUGGGGACUUGCUGAAUGCAGAUGCUGGCUACUAUGAGGCCUUCUUGGAGACCCUUCGUGGCAUCAUCUCCUUCUUCCAGGAGCCCAGGUUCGAUGAAAUUGUUGGGGGCUUUGACCAGCUCCCCCAGGCCCUGCAUGCUGCCCUCUUGCCUGGAACAGUCCACCUCCACUCACCAGCAGAGGAGGUAGAGUCAUAUGGAGACAAAGUCCACGUCACCUACCGAACGUCUGACCCUCUGCAACCCAGAGCACAUCUGACCGCGGAUUAUGUGAUUGUGGCCACCACAGCCAAGGCUGCCCGGCUCCUCCGUUUCCAGCCUCCUCUCUCUCUUGGUAAGGAAGAUGCACUGCGAUCCGUCCACUACAACAGUGCCACCAAAGUGAUCCUGGCCUGCACACAGCGUUUCUGGGAGCGUGAAGGCAUCUUUUCGGGCAAAUCCAUCACUGACCGGCCUUCCCGCUUCAUCUUCUACCCCAACCAUAUCUUCCCCAAUGGCACAGGGGUCAUCCUGGCCUCCUAUACACUGGAUGAUGAUUCCUCUUUCUUCGCUGCCAUGGACCAUGCCCAGGUGGUCAACAUUGUCCUGGAUGAUCUGGCUGAAGUCCAUGACCUCCCCAAGGAGGAGCUGAGGGCCAUGUGCCCCUACUCCAAGGUCAAGCACUGGAGUCAGGACCCCUAUUCCAUGGGAGGUUUUGCUUCCUUCACUCCCUACCAAUAUGUGGACUAUGCCCAGGAACUUUUCAAGUCCGAAGGGCGGGUCUACUUUGCGGGUGAGCACACAGCCCUGCCUCAUGGCUGGAUUGAUACUGCCAUCAAGUCAGGGCUCAGGGCAGCACAGAGCAUCCAAGAGGCUGUGGGCCUGGCUUUGAAAAAGGGCCCCAGAGACCCAAAGGAACCCCACUCCAAAAUGGAGCUAUAGCUACACCUGAAACUAACACAGUGUUAUAAAUCAACUAUACUUCAAUUUAAAAAAAAAUGGAGCUAUAGCCAACUUCAUGACACUAGGAACUGGAGUAAUUCUGGUCACCAUAGUCCACUAGGAAACAUCUCAAAAUCCACUGUCUCACUUUAUCUCUGGCUUUUUCCAAAGAUACCGAUCAAGAGGUGGCAUAUAAGGCCAAGGAACUGAGUCUCUCUAAUAUUUGGCCACCCAGGGAUUUAUUGGCAGUAACUCAACAACAACAACAUGGAAGGUAGUGAUUAAAACAGUAAAGCAUUCAUUAAAUUUAAAGCUAUAACUAUUUUAUCUAUGUUCUGGGUGGCAUCUGAAUAAUUAUAGAAUUGAGCACGGAGAGUUAGACUUUUGAUUUCCAAGGGACUUUUCUGGGGUCCUUGGCUCUUUUUUAUUCCUUUAAUCUGAGUCUAGCCCUACCUCCCUUCCCCAUGUUUACUUCUCCACUUCCUGGGACUGAAUUUUAAGAGAAGUUGGGAACGUAGAUGUAGGUAACUUUGUGGCCAGCAACAUGCUUGAUGCUUUUCCAUACUAUCAAAGCAAUCCUGAUGUAAACAUUCUAACAUUAAUCCACUUUAUAGAUGAAGAAAGCUGAUUCUCCAAGAGGUUAAAUAACUUGCCUGAGGUCCCACGUGCUGGUCCAGAGAGAUCAAAACCUAAGUCAUCUUACUCCAAAUCUUCUUGAUUCUUCUAUUCUCAUUGACUCACUCUUUUGUGUUUCUUAAACAAUGAUUCACUUUGGAGACAUUCAGCAAUGAAUACAUUGAAUGUUGAGUUAAUAAAAUUCUCAGA